AUGGCUGUUUUGCAAUUCGUCCUGACCGCACUGGCAGCACGGACUGCCGAAUGGAUCUACGAGGUCAAGCGCCCUUUGCCGGAGCUCCUCGAGGUUCACGAGCGCCAGAUCCGGAUCAAGUACGAGCAUCGUAAAUGCUUUCAGCCGAGUGCGAGGAACCCGGUACGCAUGUGCAGCAUGGUCGCCACUUGGUUUCUGGAGGGCUCCGAACAGGACCAGCACCGGGUCUUCCUCAUCACCUUCCGCGGCACCGAAACACUUCGCGACUGGAUGCACAAUUUUGCAGCAGGUCUUAACCAAAGGGCCUUCCAUGAUCAAGGCCUGCACGUCCACAUGGGCUGGUCGGCAGCCAUCGACGUCAAUGACUUCGUGACACAGCUUGCUGCAGGCCUGCGACAAGAAGAGCGGCGUGCACGCCUGGAUGCCUUCCUUCUGACCGGUCACAGCCUCGGCGGUGCACUGGCGCAGGUGGCAGCCAUGAUGGCGUACAGGGAGGCGCCAAAAUACAAUGCGAACCUGUAUGACCUGCUGCGGGAGAGGCUGCAGUGCAUCACCGGGGGCAGCGCCCCAGCCCUUUGCGCCCGUCCCGGAUCACGAGCUGGACAGUCCAAGACGCGCUGA